CCUGGCCCCACAGAGCUCGCCACGGGCUGACGGGGUGUUUCGAGGCCGCUGCAGUGCUCGGUGCGCGGUAAAAUACUUAAGUACUUACGCAUGAAAAAUGGGGAGACGGGUUCGUUGUGACCUGCCUGUUGGGGCAGCUGCCAUCAGCGAUGCUGCAUGGACCACCCGACCAGGACGGCAGGAACAGCCUGAGGUAAUAGACUACACAGGCACUCCGUACCUACGCAACGUUGUAGGGUUCAUGGCUCUUCCCCGUUGAUGAGUUUUUGCCCUUCCUUUUGACUCCCUCCCACUCGGCAAGGUUCCGGCCCCAGACUGAGCGGUCCCCUUGAGUCCCUUGAUCAGUCGAGGGCGACGAUCACUUUUCGAGUUGGCCUGCCCAGCUGCCUGAUUGGUAAUCGACGAGCUGCGGGCAAUGUCUCGCGCAGUCGCACAGUCGCACUGCUCGCUACGUUGCAGACUGUCUCCGUAUCUCAUGACCGUGCUCUGCUACGUGGGUCCUGCCUCUCCAGGGACUUGCCUGCUUCCGCCUUCGACCACCCAGGCCCCCCAGGCCCCCAGGCCACCAGGCCACCAGGCCACCCAGAACUGCCAGCCUGCCAGCUUCGACUAAUGGCAUGACCAUCGGCUGCCCGUGACAUUCAACCCCCCCGUGGUACGGCCGGCCAUCUACCGUGUGUGAGGACAUACCUUGGUACACUAUUUAUGUCAAGAGCUGCCGCCGGAGACUCACACCUCGCCCGGUCGCUGAACUCGUCCCAGUUCCCCUUCGUCAUCUCGAGUCUCCCUGGGACUCUUUCAGUUUGGGGCCCCCACACAUCGCCCGUCACAGCGCUCCCACCAUGGAUCACGAAUCGAGCGCGGCGGAGCUUCAUGCUACCGCGGUCGAGCCUCUCAAGAAGGACCACAAGGACAUGGCCGGCGGCAUCGAGCCAGUCACCCACGACAAUGGCCUCUCGUCCGGCGACGCUGCAAGCUUUGUGACGGCUGACGGCGACGAGCCAUCCGACGAGGAGAAGAAGACCCUGCGCAGGGUCGCCGACAAGCUGCCCUGGGCUGCCUUCCUGGUCUGCGUCAUCGAGCUCUGCGAGCGCUUCACAUACUACGGUCUCUCCGGCCCCUUCCAGAACUACAUCUCAAACAGCGCCCACGACGGCCUCCCCGGCGCCAUCGGCCUGGGCCAGUCCGGAGCUACGGGGUUGACCAAUUUCUUCCAGUUUUGGUGCUACGUGACUCCAGUGCUGGGAGCCGUGAUCAGUGACCAGUGGCUUGGGAAAUACUGGACCAUCUUCUACUCGUCACUUAUAUACAUCGUCGGAAACCUCAUCCUCUUUUUGACGUCCCUGCCCGUUGCCAUCGAGAAUGGCGCCGCGCUGGGAGGUCUCGUCGCAGCCAUGAUCGUCAUUGGGCUGGGCACCGGAGGUAUCAAGUCCAACGUCUCGCCAUUGAUCGCCGAGCAGUACGACAACACGGUACCUUUCGUCAAGACCCUCAAGUCCGGUGAGAGGGUCAUCGUGGACCCCGCAGCCACCAUCAAGCGAAUCUACAUGAUCUUCUACAUGAUGAUCAACAUUGGCUCUCUCUCCUCUAUCGCUACUACUGAGCUCGAGGCCAACGUUGGGUUCUGGGCCGCCUACCUGCUUCCCUUCCUGAUGUUCCUCGUCGGCGUCGCCGUUCUCGUGGCCGGCAAGUCAAAGUACAAGCUGCGCCCUCCUCAGGGCAGUAUCAUCCCCAAGGCUUUCAAGAUCAUGUGGAUCGCCAUGACCCACAAGGGCAACUACGACGCCGCCAAGCCCGAAUACCACGAGGAGCUCUGCACCGGCCGCAAAUACGAAAUCACCUGGGACGGCCUGUUUGUCGAGGAGGUCAAGAGGGCCCUGGUCGCCUGCAAGGUCUUCAUCUUCUUCCCCGUCUACUGGGUCGUCUACAGCCAGAUGCUCAACAACUUCAUCUCGCAGGCCGGCCAGAUGAACCUGCACGGCAUUCCCAACGACCUCAUGCAGAACUGGGACCCCAUCACCAUCAUCAUCUUCAUUCCCAUCUGCGACUACUUCCUCUACCCGAUGCUCAACAAGAUGGGCUUCAAGAUGCUGCCCAUCACCCGUAUCUUCUGCGGCUUCAUGCUCGCCAGCGGCGCCAUGGCUUACGCCGCUGGCGUCCAGAAGAUGAUCUACAACACCGGGCCCUGUUACGAGCAGGUCGCCGCCUGCCCCGCCGCCCUGCGAGAUGACGGCACCUACGCGCCCAAUGACAUCCACGUUGCUAUCCAGACCCCCGCCUAUCUGCUCAUUGGACUCAGCGAGAUCUUUGCCAGCAUCACUGGCUUGGAGUACGCAUUUACCAAAGCCCCCGCGAGCAUGAAGUCCUUCAUCAUGUCUCUCUUCCUGCUGACGAACGCGUUCGGCUCCGCCCUCUCCAUCGCCCUCUCGCCUACCGCCGUCGACCCCAAGCUUCUCUGGAUGUACACCGGCCUGGCCGUCGCGUGCUUCUGUGCCGGUUGGAUCUUCUGGUUCUUGUACAGCAGGUACAACAAGACGGAAGAGUCCAUGAACGAGCUCGAGAAAUUCACCGAGAAGCCCAAGCGUGUGGGUGAGGAGACGGCGGAUCGUGAUCUCGAGAAGGUCGCGACCGUGUCUACCACCGCUAGGGCAGGAGGUGAAUAAAGGCCGAGGUAUCGAUGAUGAUGAUGAACAAACAACACACUUAUUGCACAUACGGGGGAUGAUGUAUGAUAGUCACGUUGGUCCUUAAUUAAUGGCGAAACGAUAAUGCAUAUUUGGUCUAAAAACUUUCAAAGUCCUCUCUCUAUGCGCCCUCCCUGGAAAGAUACCACAUCCUCCCCGCUUAUUCCCCCUUGCCUAGGCUUUUCGCAACCUCAACAUACGAGCCCUUAAGAAUAUCCUCCACGAUCCCCGGCUGCGUCGCCCGCCACCCCAGCUCCGUCACAGCCUUCUGGCUCGAGGCCCUAUUCUCAGUAACCAAGAAGUUAACCAAGAACGGCGGCAUCUUCCCCAUCGCAUCCUCCCGCGGCAGAUCCACCGCCGGCACGCCCAGCACCGCCGCGACGGCCCCCUGCAGCUCCCGCAUCGUGACGCCCGUCUCGGCGGAGGCGUUGUACACCUCCCCGGCGCGGCCCCGCUCGGCGGCGAGCAGAUACAGCCGCGCCGCGUCGUCGACGUGCACGGACGUCGUCCGCGUGGCCCCGCCGUCGAUAUAUGUCGCUGCGCCGGCGGCCGCGGCACCGUCCAUGAACAUCCUGACGCCGCUGCCGCCGCGGCCGUACACGAAGGGGGGGAGGCGCACGCAGAGGGCCCGCACGCCCUGCCCCGCGGCGGCCGCACGGGCGUGGUCCCACGCCUUGUACCGCGCUAUCGGGGACUUGAGGUCCAGGGGGCUGUCCUCGGCGGUCUCGCCGCCGUGCGGGUCGGCGGCUGCCGUCAUCGUGCCCGAGGUGGUGACGAGUGUCUUCGUCUUGCUGCUGUCUGCCCCGUCGCCCGCGGAUGAUGAUGAUGAUGAUGAUGAUGCUAGCCCCGCGACCAUGGCGUCGACGGCUGCGGCGUCGAUGGCUAGGAUCUUGUCGUAGGGGGUGUCCAUGCCUCCCGCGCCCAGCAGGGGGUCCGCGAGGUGCAGGACCACGUCCGCGCGGGCGGCCUCGGCGCGCAGCACGUCCGGGGUCUCGAGGUCGCCGCGGACGGGGGUCGCGCCCAGCCGGGUGAGGGUUGCGUCCUUGGCCUCGCUGCGGGAGAGGCCGCGGACCGUGUGGCCCUGGCUGAUGGCGAGCUCGGUUAGGACCUGGCCUAGGUAGCCGGUUGCGCCGGUCAUGAAGAUUUGUUUUUGGGACAUUUUUUUUUUGUGGUUUUUAUUGGCCGUGUGUCUUUGAAGAUUCACUUGUUGCUGCCUCUUCUCUCGGGCUGAUUAGGUGUGAAAGUUUCGGAGACGAGGUUGGUUAAUUGCAGGUGAUGGACUGAACUGCGACUGAGCAGGGAAAUGUGUUGAUUUGAGUGAAGGAAGUUAUCGACUGAAUGACAAUAACAUGCUCCCAGGAGCAUACUUAUAAUCCUUCAUC